AAUUAUUUUUGACAUUCCGUGGCCAUCUUUCUUUUGCAGUCUUCUCUAAAGCUGUUGCGGAGUUAAAACUAAUCAAUCAACAUGCAAUUCCACAUUCGCGGAAACCAAUGCCACGUCUUGGACGUUGAACAAAAUGAAACCGUCGCCGAAAUCAAGAACAAAAUUGCCGCUUUGGAACAAGUGGAUGCUGCUGAAUUCACAUUGUCAUGCGAAGGCACCGUUUUGGAUUUAUUCACCCCAGCCAGCUCAUUGAGCAGCUUCGAAUUGGACAUGACCGUUCCAUUGUUGGGAGGUAAAGUGCACGGUUCAUUGGCUCGUGCCGGUAAAGUCAAGGGACAAACACCAAAAGUUGAAAAACAAGAAAAGAAAAAGAAGAAGACCGGCCGCGCCAAGAGACGUAUCCAAUACAACCGACGAUUCGUCAAUGUUGUCCAAGGAUUCGGUCGCCGUCGUGGUCCUAACUCAAACAGCGCAUAAGCGUUGAAUUUUAACAACAUUCGAUCGAUGAUGAAGAAAUAAAUUGGAUUUUUUUUAAAAACAUUUAUGUGCAUUCAAUAAACAUCUUCUGUUUUUGAAAUCAAAA